AUGAAUAUGUUGGAUGAUGAAGAUGACCAAAGCUUUCACGCUACGCGUGACGGCUACUCCCAUUUGAGCGAUGUCGAAUGGGAUGCGGUUGAACGAAUGGGUUCGACCAUGGGCAUCCAUGCUGUUAGCGUCAUGCUAGAGGCUCUCAAUAGAGAUGCCCAACAUGCUACUAUCGCCAAGUUCAUUCAAAAUGAACUUGACGCAGAACGCGAGAAAGUAGCCUUGCUUCACCAACAAGGUUCUCAACAAGCAGAGUUGUUGAGAGAACAAGGUGCUCAACAGUUUGAACUGUUGAGACAGCAGCAGGCUGCUGCUGGCGGGUCGAUGCACUCGCGUCGGCCCGAGACUUUGAAGAUUGACAUCUCAAAGUAUAGGGGGUCGAAGAAGACUCCUCUUGAGAUGGUUCGUCGAAUUGGAUGA